AAAGGGACCUGCCAGCGGUGUAGAGCCACAGUCGCCAAGUGACCGCCGAGCAACAUGGAGCUCCUUACAGGUAGGAUGAGAGUCUGGCUCCUGCUGUUGGCCUCCACCCUAACCGGUUUCACUCAAGCCGGCGGAGGGAAGGGAGGUGGGGGAGGGAAGGGCGGUGGGGGAGGGCAUUUUGGUGGGGGGUUCUUGGUUCCUCCCCCACCCAUCGCCCCCCCCAUAAACUUCCCCAUCCCACCCCCGCCGCCCAUCCACAUCAACGCCGUGUUCGAACCGCCGCCCAGACCCUGCCACCCCGUCACCAAGUAUGUCACCAAAGACGAGGUGGAGCAGCUCUACGUGCCUAUCUACGAGACUGAAGUAGACCAAAUAGUGGUGCCCACGACCUACUACGAAACCAGUUACGUCACCACUUACAACCUAGUCACCAAGCCUGUCUACGUCACUGUCUACCGUACCUACACGGAUUACGACUCUUCGGUAGCAGUUGGAACCCGUUAUGAGAGCGUGACGAAUAUCCGGAGAGUUCCCGCCGUCACCACCGUCACAGAUUUCAAGCUGAAGGUGGUGCCCUCUGUAGUGACCGACAUCAAGGGGGUGACGGUCGGGUCGCCCAGGGUGUACCCCAACACCGUAAGGUUCACCUGGACCAUCACAGAGAGGUCGGUGUUCACCUCUACACUCGGGAUCCCUACCCCCUACCCUAUCACCACCGAGUACACCACAGUUACCGAGGUCAUGACUGUGCUUGAUACCGUCACCUAUUAUCCUCCACCCGUUCAAGUCCCUCCGCUGAUUACCACAAUCGACCAAACUAAGUUGCAUUAUACCCCAGUGAUCGUCACCACCACCGUAUAUGAGAGACUGGCUACCACCGUCACCGAAGAGCAGAAGGUACCUUACACUGUGGUAGUAACGUCUCCGUGUGGUGGCGGCGGCGGCGUGGCAGCAGGAGGGGGUGGUUUCGGUUCUGGGGUGGGCGGCGUGGCGGUAGGAGGGGGUGGUUUCGGUUCUGGGGUGGGCGGCGUGGCGGUAGGAGGGGGUGGUUUCGGUUCUGGGGUGGGCGGCGUGGCAGUAGGGGGUGGUUUCGGUUCUGGGGUGGGCGGCGUGGCGGUAGGAGGUGGUGGUUACGGUUCCGGGGUGGGUGGCUUUACAGGAGGGAAUGAUCUCGUUCCUUCAGUGGGCGGCGGUGCGGGAGGAGCAGGGACAGGGCUGGACGUGAGGAACGACGGACCGUCUCUCCAGUCUUCUUAUGGAGACCCACUGUACUAAACCCUCUGAUAACUAACUCCCCUCCAUCACACAUCCAGACCUUGUUAAUACAGCCACCGUUGUCUGGUGAUCAUUCUCAACUGUAUAAUUCCUUCAUCUCUCACUACGUAUUAUGGUUCACAACUAUACAUAACUCGCCAGCGUGAUUAAAGACUUGUUAAUCAUAUUAAACUCUAACUCCAUUAUUAUUAAGCAAUGUUAUUACUGUUUAUAUUUUCUAUGUUGUUCUUUCAUUACAGGAUUGUUUCUAUGUGAUAACUAGUCGUUCAAGUGUAUAUGUUAAUAAAUUUGUACCAUAGA